AUGGCAAACAAGGGGUACGCUUUCAUCAGCUUCAUCAGCCCUGCGUCCGCCUGGCUGCUGCGGCUGACGUACGAGGGCCGCAAGAUGUCGCGCUUCAACUCCGACAAGGUGGUGUCGGUGAGCCCGGCCGCGCUCCAGGGCUUCGAGGCCAACUACGCGCACUACUCCACCGCCCGGGUCAGCCGAGGCGACCCCGCGCUGCGGCCGCUCUUCCUGCGGGAGUCCGCCACCAAGGCCGUCAAGAGCGGCCCGGGCCGCCGCCGCGGGGGCCGGCGCAGCGCGGGCAGCCUGAUCGACGCGGCCGCGCGGGAGCAGCACCAGCGCCAGGAGGAGCGCCAGGCCACGGCCGCGGCCGUCCGGGCGCCCGCCCUGCCCGGCAGCGCCGUGUACUUCGGCCUCAACGCCAGGCCCGGCGCCGGCGGCAAGAAGCCGGGCGGGCCCGCCGCGGCGGAGCCCGGCGGGCCCGCGGGCAGGCCGCCGAAGCGUGUGGCCGCCAAGUUCUGCCCGUACUGCGGGGGGGCGGCCCAGCCCGAGCACAAGUUCUGCAAGUUCUGCGGCGCGUCGAUGCAGUUCGACUGA